AUGAACGGAACAAUACACGACAUUCGGGAUUCUGCACGACUAACCAAUCAGCCAGAGAGGGCUUGGUUUGGCGUCCGUGGACAUCCAGAUCUAGACGUGGAGAAGUCCGGGUGCGGGAUAGAGAGCAAUGGGGCGUUGGAACUGUUUGACAAAUCCAAUAGUGGAGGUGUCGACUCCAUGGCAGUUUUCCCUUGCCAAACACAUUUGUUUCCAUCAAACGAAUCACCUCAUUCUGUCGACCCAUGCCAUCACAGAGUGCCUAGGCGCCCCGAGUAUCAACAGCCUGACUCGGUUUACACACGGGUACAUCGCGAUAGCAAUGCUAUGUUUGGCGUACCGGAGCAUGCUUUACGCCAUGGCUCACGGGCUCGGAGCCUCUCGUCCGACGAAAAUCAAGCAAUCCACCGGGUCUCCCCCGGAAUUCCCGAAUCGAGCUUAGCGCAUCUCGCAGCCCGAGGGACCGUACGGAGUAGGCACCUGGAUAGAAGGAAGUUUGAACUGGAAAGGCAGUUCAACGCCCGGCCGACAAUCUGGCCAGCUGGGCGCCCGUGGCACCUGGGGUUAUCGCAUGCAAUUACGGACCUGGCGCUACUGCGCAGGGAGGCAACAGAGGAUGUGGCGCCGCUCGAAGAUCACAGGUCUUGCGACGCCAAUGGGAGACCUGGUGGCUUGAUGGCGAUAUCCUAG